AUGGGAGUCGCAACACCGCCGUUCCUUAGGCAAAGUGAAAUAAAUUCGCCGCACCGACACAAAAACUAGUCCGCUUUUGGAAGACAUGUUUUUGCGGGGCUCCGAUGCCUAAAGACCAUGCCUGAUGAACUUUUCGAAGGAGUGUCACCAACAUCGAAGCAUCGGCUGCAGUCAAAGCAGCUUUAGUACGACGGGGAAGUAGUUUUUUGGGGGGCUUCGUGCAGCUCCGCGGCGGAGGGAUCUGUGUUGUGCUCAGGCCGAGCUGAAUGAGAUUGAACAAGAGUUCUUGUUUUGUAGCUUCAGUUUGUGUCUUUUUACACUAAUUUGCUUAAACUACGCACAAAAUUGCACAACUAAGUGAAGGUACUUGGGAAGGAGCGUGUGGGAGUCUUUAUGAGCUCUUCUUCCAUCGUGGAUCGUCUUCUUGGAGAUAUAUAUUUAAUUAAUCUGGAGGAGGACUGCUGCUGAGGCAGGGCAGCACAGAGGGGUGGAGUCCAGUCCCACAGCCGGGUGCGGCACGUUCAUGCUUCAGUUGGAUGGUUUUCCCACCGGAGACGGCGUUCAGGCUGAUCGAUCAGCUGAAAGACUGACUGCAUCCAUGAUGGAAUUACAGACAUUACAGGAGGCGCUGAAGGUGGAGAUCCAGAUCCAUCAGAAACUGGUGGCCCAGAUGAAGCAGGACCCUCAGAACGCAGAUCUGAAGAAGCAACUUCACGAGCUUCAAGCAAAGAUCACUGCACUGAGUGAGAAGCAGAAAAAGGUGGUCGAGCAGUUGAGGAAGGAGCUGCUGGUCAAGCAGGAACCAGAAGCCAAAGUGCAGCUGCAGGUUCACACACCUCCUGUAGGGGGUGAUGUGAAGCCCACCAACCUGCUACAGACCCAGCAGAUUCCUGGAGGAAUACAGCAGACACUGACAGUCACCCCGGUCCUCACCGCCAAGACGCUACCUCUCGUGCUAAAAGCAGCGGCCACGCCAACCCUGCCUGGCUCAGUCUUGCCGCAACGCCCGGCCACCGUCAUGGUAACCACCGCCAUCUCCAAACCGGACUCCCACAACGCCCCCAUCAAUCUACAGGUGGCGGGCAAGCUAAGCGCUCACACCUCAGAACCUGUGAGGCUCGUGUCCAAGAAUGCCAUGCUGCUGCAGGCCGCCAACGCCCAGACAAUCAAAGUCCCCCAGUUUGUCACUCCUAGACUGAUGACGCCACCCGCCUUUCAGCUGCAGCAGGUCAGGCCAAAGUCCGCCUUGCCUGCCAACGUCCCCAUUGCUCCAGCUCCUCCGCCGCCCAUGAUGGCGGCCCCCCAGCUGCUCCAGAGACCAGUCAUGUUAGCCACCAAGCUGUCGCCUUCCUUGUCGUCCGUGGCUCCCAUUCACCAGGUCCGCAUCGUGAAUGGGCAGCCGUGCGUCAAGACGGGCACCACCCCUCUGACGGGCAUCGUCAUCACCACGCCAGUGUCCACGACGGCUGCCUGCCUCGCCAGCCCGGCCCAGGCACCGGACCCUGCUUCGGUCCCAACCCUGACCCCAAGCCAGCCCAUCCAGAUCAGCAGUGUGGCCUCUGAUCUCAAGACUGUUAAAUCAGGGGGCGGUGCCGAGCACAAGAUGCCAGUCACCCUCCCCUCAUUUUCUACUCCUCCCUUGUCUCCUCCGCCUCCCAGACCCAGGAAGGAGGAGAGUCCAGAGAAACUGGCCUUCAUGGUCUCCUUGGGCCUUGUAACAUACGACCACUUGGAAGAAAUUCAGAGCAAAAGGCAGGAGAGGAAGAGGAGAACGACUGCUAACCCGGUCUACAGUGGCGCCGUGUUUGAGCCGGAGAGGAAAAAGAGCGCUGUGAGUUACCUGAACAGCCCUCUGCACCAGGGGACACGAAAGAGAGGUAUGUCACGCAGACUGUUGUUGUUCUUCCCCCCUCUCCAUCUUUUUCUUUUUUUUUUCUUUGUUUUCCGUCUUUUGUCGUCUGUCUCAUUUCACCCAGGUCGCCCACCCAAAUACGGCGGCGUCCCGGAGCUGGGCUGCCUCACCCCGACCUCCCCCAUCAGCCCCGUACACCCCCUCCCUCUGCCCAGCCCCAGCUCUGGGGAUGGAGACAUCCAUGAGGACUUCUGCACUGUGUGCAGACGCAGUGGCCAGUUGCUCAUGUGCGACACGUGUUCUCGUGUCUAUCACCUGGACUGCCUGGACCCACCCCUGAAAAGCAUUCCUAAAGGCAUGUGGAUCUGUCCAAAAUGCCAAGACCAGAUCCUCAAGAAAGAAGAAGCCAUUCCCUGGCCUGGAACGCUGGCCAUUGUCCACUCUUACAUUGCCUACAAAGAAGCGAAAGAAGAAGAGAAGCAGAAGCUCAUCAAGUGGAGCGCCGAGCUGAGGCUGGAGCGCGAGCAGUUAGAGCAGCGAGUCAAGCAGCUCAGCAACUCCAUCACGAAAUGCAUGGACACCAAGAACAGCAUCCUGGCUCGCCAGAAGGAGAUGCAGCUGUCUCUGGACAAGGUCAAACAUCUGGUCCGCCUCAUCCAGGCCUUCGACUUCAACCAGACUGUGGCCGAAGGCAGGGACUUCAGAGUCCAGGACGCCGCAGCGCCGCCCAAAGCCAACUUGGAGGCGAAGGUUGAGGGCGUCGACAAGAGCGAGAGCAACACGGCUGAAGAGCAGGCAGCGGCGGCAGGGAACAAGAUGACCACAGGAGACGCCGACCAUCAGGGCUCCGUUGCGCGCCCUGCAGAUAACAUUCCUGCUGAAGGUGCAGGGGGAGGGGCUGAUACAGAGACGGGCGUCCAGGCUGAAGGCGGGACCAAGGCUGAGACCAAAGUGUCUCCACAGCCUGACUUCGCCCCUUCUUCCGAGGCGCCGCCGCCCGCCGCCACUGCUACCACCACCGCCACCAACACCACCAAUGGUAUGACCGUGCUGCCGUGCCCCGCCCCCACUGCAGACGCAAAAGCCAACUCUGAGAACAAGAUGACCGCCGUCAGCUCUCCGGAGGCGGCAGCAGCGCAGGACAAACAGGACAUCAGCGACAGCAACAACAUCAAAACCUCAGAACCCUCCCAGCAUUCUGUGCCAGCGCUUGGCGGCGAGUAACCCCCGCUCGCCGCCAUUUACAACUUGGAGUACGAUUUGAAAAAACAAAGAAAAAAAAAAGUUGCCAAUCUGUGUUAAUGUCGUUUGUUUGCGUCGUAUUGUCAGACUGUGUCAAUGGUAGAUAGCGGCCUGGUCACAUGACGACCGCCGUGGUGGCCAGUUAGCGAUAGACGUCGUCAUGGGAACGCUCGAGGGAGACCGAAUCCAUCUCACCAGUGUGUGCCUGUCCCAGUGGUCCCGGUGGGUAGGGCGGGGCCACGCAUUGCUCCUCCCAACCCACCGAAUAUUUGGCUUGCGCCUACACUGAAGACUGUACUGUUGCCUAGCAACCAAUAGCAGUAGGCAACCCCCACCCGUCUGUCCAGCAAAAAGCCCCCGUGACCUUUAAACCCCACGGUUAAAGUUCUUCAAACAAAGAAUUCAACGAGUCACAGUUGUGGGACAAGUUGACCACACAGCAGGGGGCGUGUCCUCAGUGCCAUCAUCAAAAUAAUCAUGUGAAUUCAACAUGGAACUUCUUUACAUCUUGUCAGAGCUCCGCCCCCUGCUACAGCCAUGCCCCUUCCACCCUGCCGUGGACAGUAGAUGCCAACGCGUGUCCGCUAUUGAUCAACUUCUCUGUUUGAAGCAUCUUAACCACUGGGGAGAGGGCGGCCCCUCCCUCGCCCGCUCGGGUUAACCGAGUCCAGACUGUAGCCCCGCCCACCAAGGCAGGCGUGGAGGAGACGGAGCCAGAGCGCCGUUGUUGUUGUGAGUCUUCAUUUUGUGUGUCCGUGUGAGCACUAAAUGUGACGUGCUUUGUUUUUUCUAGGACAACAUAUUCAGGUCUUCCUGGUGUUGGGAGUAAGUGCUUUGUGUUCCUGUCCACCGCCAUCGUCAACUGCCAAAAGCAUCCAAACACGCUAGGGGGCGGAGCCAAAAUUCCACAAGUGGUAACAAAACAAACAAAAAAAGCACAAGUUAGUGGAGGAGAUUUUUUUUUUGUAUGUUCUUUGAUGUGACAUGACUCCUCCCACAUUUGGAGGAACCACUAGCCUCCAGCCCAGUAGGUGGCGACGCUCACUUUCUGCUCCUUCAUUCAUGGUGCCUAUUUUUUUUUUAAUUUUAUUUUUUUUUAGUCUUGGGGUGGGGGGUUCAAAACGGAGCCGUCAGCAGCUGGAGGCGGGAGCGUCUGUUUCCGUUAAUGAGGACUGGGUGGCGCUCUUGAGGUCAAUGUCGGCGUUCAUAUCACAUGACUCGUGUCAGCCAAUUAGCAUAUCCUGCCUUUCGCUUGCCAUGUGGUCACACCUUUCCCCCAGUAGGUACCUCGAGUGCCUUCUACCUAUCUGUUGACUUGCACUGUGACUAAUAGGCCCCGCCCCUCCAUAUUUGUCCUCCUCUUCCAUCUCAUUUGCCAGUCAGUGUUUAGCAGCUGCCUUAAAUGGUUUUUUUUUGUUGUGUUUUUUUUACCUGAUCAUCUUGUGUGAGGUCGUCCAUGACAACGAUGAGGCGGCCUCUGGUUUUACGAUGCACUUUUUUUAAUUUAAGCAGUAUUAUAAGGAAACAAACAUCACCGCCGGGGGGGUCCACUCGUUAACAGGUCACAUUGCAACAAGUCAUGGCAUGCCUUCUUAUGCAAAUUUUAUACACAAGUUAGUUAUGCAUUCACUUUUUUUUCUAAAGUCAUUUUUGGUUUCAAGUGGGCGGAGCCAGUGUAUUUGAUUGACAUCUUAGUGGGCGGAGUGAAAAAGGGUACAUUUUAUCCAAAGAACAUGUGGAAGGAUCAUUGGAGGGAAUUGUUGUGUGUCCGUUUGCAAGCAUCCAGUCAUGAUUGUGGCCUUCUAGUGUUGUCCUUACAUCAAAGUCCCGUCCCCCGAUGCCCCCCCAUCCCAUUUACUUGUUUUUUUUUUUUAACUCUUCCAUGUGCUCAGAAGCAUUGUAGCGCUCCGGAUAAAGAACAAAGUGUACAUUGGGUAAUCUUUGUAUAAUUGUUUGUAUUUUUUCAUAAUAAUUUUUGGAAAGGAAUGUGUUUAUUUUUUUGGACUUGUGUUCCACAUGUGUCUUCUGUUGGCCAUGUUGGUGGGAUUCUUAUACCUCUGUAUUGAGCCUCCCCCUCCUCCUCCUCCUCCUCGUGAUGAUGACGAUGAUGCAGUGUUUCACUAAAUACUGUUGCUCGGUAAAGGAUGGCACCAGCCGCCACUAGGAGCAUUUGAUCAAUUUCUAUUUAUUUAUUUUAUCAGUUUGCUAAUAAAUCCUCAAAAGCA